AAAUCACACCAACAUUGGCAUUCCUUGAUAUCAAAUCCGCAUAUGAUACUGUUGACCGAGAUUAUAUAUGGAACGCAAUCCAAACCUAUUUACAUCCAGCCCUGCUAGGUCUUCUUAAAAACCUAUUUGACGAAGUUCAAAUAGAAGUACUUGUGUCUAACGCUACUUCCCCUCGGUUUACCCCGGCUACAGGAGUAUUGCAAGGGUCUAUCCUCUCCCCAUACCUUUAUUCCGUAUAUAUCAACGAGCUACCUUCUUUACUUCGUGAACAACCACUUUCAUUACCGCAGCCCGAUGGGGUAUGUCGUUUUGCGUUAUCUGUGACAAGCCUACUAUAUGCGGAUGAUGUUGUGCUCAUAGCUGCUCCCACACAACUUCAGAUACUCCUCAACAAAUGUGAGGAGCAUAGUCACAGUCUUGGAUAUCAUUGGAACCCACUUAAAUGUGCUGUAGUCGCUCCCAGUUCCGAUACAUCCUCUUACUCUCUAUAUGGUACUAGCAUUUCACGUCAGACAUCAUUCUCGUACCUAGGUAUCCCCAUUGGCCCAGGUGGACACUUACUUACCAACGAUCUAAUUCAGAACAAUACCAACAAAGCCUUACACACUAUGAACACCAUGUCAGCUAUUGGCGUCAAUCAUAAAGGUUUCAAUCAGCUCCUAUCAACACGCUUCUACACCCAAAUUGUGCGCACCCAACUGGAAUACGGUCUUGCCAUCAGCUCAUUUUCAUCACCCCAAAUAAAGAAAAUCGAGGAAUGCCAAACAGAAUGUAUAAGACGAAUUUUUGGAGGAAAUUCCCGUUCAUCAACCAAGGUCAUGUUACAUCUGACCAACCUUCCAUCCAUGAAAGAGCGUGUUCACCGCCUACAAGGAAAGUUCUUAUUAAGGUCCAUCAAUGGUCCCAGGGAUAUCCUGUUAUCGCAGUUUUUACCAUACUUACGUGCUUCAGCUAGUCUGUCUCAUUGGUACAAGCUCUCCAAAACUCCCCUCUGGCAACGCUGCUGCAACUUUCAUAACCCUGACCGCAUCGAUACUCGUGUGUUCAAUACUACCUAUCAUGAACUUCGUGUCGAAAACCUUCAAACACAACGCCAAGCUAACAAUUCGGUUCUCCUCUCCUCUUGUCGCCCUUUUCAUGGUGUUGAUCCAACUCUUUGGCUACCUAUGACUCCCGUGGAACGCAGUCGAGUUAUACGUUGGCGUCUCGGUUGGUUACCUGGUGGGGUUCCAAAACCGUGCAUACAUCACCCUAAUGUCAUGUUUACCCGCAAACACUCAAUAAUAUGCCUUCACAUGCACCGUCGAUUACAAAUGCCCUGCACAGUAAAUGACCCAAUAUCAUUUCUUCUCAGCAUGCUUCCAACCAUAAAAACACGUAACAAACAAAAUAUUCAACGCUUCUCCAGCUGGAAAAUUCGAUGGCCCGCACUAUAUCAAAUCCUAUUCGAACUUGAUUAUCUACAUCAUGAUAAGACCCCCCCCCAGAAACUCCCACUCUUGGUAACAAGUUAGUCCAGUGGCUCACUCAGGACUAAUCUAGUCCUUGAUUUACCCUCUUUUCCUCUUCCCUUCUCUACUGCCUUUUUCCUUUAUUGACUAUCAAAAAGGUUUUUUAGCACCCUUCUCCCCUUAUAUUUGAUCUGACCCGGGCAAUUCAAUCUCAUAAUGGUUAUGUGCUCAUGUGGGGUUAAAAUUAUUUGCCAAUAAAAAU